UCUGAACAUCCUUUGGCUCACCACCUAGAAACUCCAACAAGGAAUGCAGUCAUGUAAUGCUCGUCUCAGUGUGGAAACGACGAGCAUGUCCUCUGAAGCGCCUGUACAUCAUCUUCCACACGCAUGGCCGCAUGGGCAUGGCCACAUCCACUUUCCAAAGCCUCAGCCUUGCAGAGACCCAUUUCUUGCACCUUCCGCUCGUCCCAAGCCCCUGCCUGUGCGUGCCCUGCGAGUCUGCUUGGCCUACUGCAACACACAACCGCACCACCAUUCCACUGCGCGCUGCGCAACCGUCACAUGAGACGAGACCUCGCACCACACCACGGCUCCUCUUUCCUCCCCUCGUCGUGUUCUCUUGUCAGCCUCCAACACGGCAGCACACCCCUUCCCUCACCACUCUCCCGUCCUCUCACUCGGUCACACCGAACGUCUCGCCAUUGCCUCCUAGUUCAAAAGCCAGGCCUCCGAACAGUACAGCCCCUGCCGGCCUCGGACAACGCCAGACAGUGCCCCUCUAGGCUUGCCUAGCUAGGCUAGGCUUCCUUCACCACUUGCACCUCACAAAAAGAGAUCGAGCUCACCCACCACCUCAGGGCCUUGCGGCAUUUCCCAUGGGAGGCGCCAUGAGGCACCUGCUCGGCUUGCUGGGAGCCAUCAAUGGCCGCCUCAGGGAGAAGAGGAAGAAGAUGGUGCUGCGGCGCCCGGUGCGGGAGGUGGAGCUCAGGGUCAGGAUAGACUGCGAGCGCUGCGAGCGCGAGGUCAAGAAAGCGCUCUCCGGCAUGAGAGGAGUGCAUCAUGUGGAGGUGAACAGGCUGCAGCAGAAGGUGACGGUCACUGGCGAGGUGGACCCGCUGGCGGUGCUGCGGCGGGCCCAAUCCACGGGGAAGAAGGCGGAGCCGUGGCCCCAGAAAGCUGCUGCGGCCGGCGGCUACUACUACGUCCCGGCGGGUGUGGCCCUCUACGGCGUCGGGGCGGCCCAGCUGCAGGCCCACGACGGCGGCAGGUGGGCGAACCCGGCAGCGGCUGGCUACUACCACUACCCGGCGGCGAGGAGCGCGGAGGCGGCCAUCGGCGCCGAGCAGAUCACCGACAUGUUCAGCGACGACAACCCCAACGCCUGCUCCGUCAUGUGACACACCCUAGGAGUGCUCGACACAGCAGCUCAGUUACCAUCAGUUUAGGUAGCUGUAGCGAGGCAGUAGAUAGUAAGCGUAGCGACAUGGUGGCAUCGUAUUGUCACUCUGAAUCUUGUGAGGUUUUCUAUGUGGCGUGGUAAAGUUAGGGAAGAAUGUAGCGUAGCAGAGUUUAGACCGAUGGCCCGCGGAGCAAGAAGCAAACUUUGCGUCGAUAGAUUCUAGUAAUCUACGCGCUUAGAUCCCCACCCGCUCUUUAUGUUGGGAUCAGGGAGUGGAAUAUGAGAUCAGCUGAUCACUGUCCCUGGGGUCAAUCUC